AUACUUUUUGAAAAAAAGUAUAUGGAGAUGGCAUCUUUAAAAGAAAAGAUUAAAUAUGUGUUUGAGAGAUCUUAUAUUCUAAGUUUCGCUGAAAUGGCAAAGACAUCGUCUCUGAAAAGAAUAUUUUUCGCAUUUUUCAUAUUUACUUCAAGUUUGGUUGGUUUCCUAUAUCAAAUGUACGAAUUUUCAGCUAUUUAUCUGUCAUAUGCUACUGAACAGACAGAACUCUCCUCUAAUCCAAACUACGUGGAAUUACCGGCGAUCUCAUUAUGCAAUGUCAACUCGCAUCGGAACAGUGAAGUAUGCAAGUUGAAUGACAGCUCCUCUGGCUACGUUAAGGAAGCAAACGUUGGAUGUAAAGAAUAUCCCAAACUAUGUGAGGAAUCUUUUAAGAAAUAUAAAGUGUCAUGUCUUUCUCCUGAAUUCGAAAAAAUGCUGGAAACUGAAGAGAUCUGGAAAGCAGCUGAAACUUUCGCUCACACUGAAAGUAUGUUUUAUUCGUGCUUCGAAAUCAUUGGAAACGAAAGAAAGAUAUGCGACUUCUUUAAACCGGAAAAAAGACCAUUUGGAACAUUUACUCAUGGAAUAACUGAUAGGAGUCCAACUAGCUGCUACACUUUUAAUUCUGCUGUUAGAAAUCCAAAUGCUCCAGGAAAAUAUUUACUUAAAUCAUCCAAGAUAGAAAUGGUCCUUUUAACAGAAGCUGCAAACUAUAAAAAUACGCUUUUGAAGCCAGGAUUUUUUAUAGCAGUUCAUGAUCGCAAGACGAUAGUAAAUCCAAUCAGUUCAGGAGAUAUUGUGUAUGGUGGGAAUACGUAUGAAUAUAAUAUAAAGAAAGAGAUUCAAACUAGCCUGUUACCUUCUCCCUAUGACACCAAUUGCACGGACUAUGAAUCUUUACGGAUGCAGAAAAAUGGAACAGGUCCUUCUGAUUUUCAGGAUUGUCUGUACAAGUGUCUCGUGGAGGAGUUAAUAGCGACAAAUUCUUGUAUUCCUUUCCACUUCCCUAUAUCUCACAAAGGAAAAAUUUGCAAAAAAAGUAUGCGACGAUCCGAAGAGUAUGAAGAAAUCUGUAAGAAUAGCUGUGGCAAUAAACCUUGCUUUGAAAAAACAUAUGAAGUGGAGAUAUUAAAGAAAGGUCAAAUAACGUGUGAUUCCUCGACAAUUGAUUUGAUGACGGAGGAUCCGGAAGAAGUAUUAUGCUUGGUUAACAAUAUCUCUCUGACAAUAACAUUCAAUCAAUUCUUGUUGACAAAAGUGACGACGGUACCAAGAAUACAGUAUCUUGAGAUUGCAAGUAGAGUAGGUGGUUACCUCGGGCUAUGGACUGGUAUAUCUAUUCUACAGCUGGCUGAUAUAGUUGUCAGAAUCAACAUAGCUUUGUUUUAUGCUCUCACUCAUUUAAAAAAGUGCUGUAUAAUUGAUAUCUUCCUGAGUUACCUUCAGAGCAUCUCGGUGACUCAGUUGGUUAAGUCGUCGCGAAAUAGAAAACUUGUUUGUGAAGAACAGCCACAUAAAUGUGAGUUUUUUAAAACAGAGGAGGAGUUAUGCGACGAGUAUCCUAACUAUUGCAAUCUCGACGACGCAUAUCUUGGAGUUUUUAAAGACAAUCCCGCUUGCGGAGAUGAUUGCUAUACUUGGCAAAGAGCAGUUGAUGAAUUUAAACAGUUUAUUACGUUUGUGGACGACAAUAAUUUCUUACAUUUUUAUGAUCGAAGCUUAUUUAACGAGGUGCCGUUUGCUGACAGUGAAGGAGAACCUGCAGUCUGUAUGUCCUAUGCAUUAAAGUAUGGUAUAAAGUUUUGGACAAAUUUUAAUAGGACAAUUAUUAACAGAAAUAUAAUCAAAACUACUAUGAAAAAUCAGACUACAGUUCAAACUUUAAAAGAUAUUGUCUUUAAUUUAAGAUCCAAGUGGGAUGAAUAUCUUGAUCCAAGCGUUGCGCCAGCCUUUUAUUUAGCUAUACACGAUUCCAGAAGACUCGUUAAUCCAUUCAGACACGGUAUCAAACUUCAAGUACCCGGAUAUCAUGAAAUACAAGUUACUGAUUAUGUAGAGCAACAUCUCUUACCCUAUCCUUAUGAUACGAACUGCACAUUGUUUAAUCCUGUAGAAAGUACAGAUGAAAACUUGGACUUAAUGGUAUGGCUUAGUUGCACAACCUCCGUGUCUGAAAAGGGUGUAAACAUAUUCUCUCCCAUGAAGAAUUACGAUAUUUGGAAGAAAACCCGAAAAAGUUAA